GCCGCACAGCAGGUUGAAGAAUAUCUCUGGCUCCGCCGGCUUUAGAAAGCUAUAAUGAGAUUGUGAAAUAUAGUCUUAUGAGACUCGAGUUCGCGACGAUAAUUAAACAGUUAGAUUUAUCAACAUUCCACUAGUUCCUUGUGUAAUAUGACGACGACCACGACAUUUCAGGGAAUGGAGCCCGGUGCUAGGAACAGCUCCAGGGUUUUGCGCCCCCCAGGUGGUGGCUCCAACAUUUCUUUUGGCACAGAUGAGGAGAAGCUGCCCGUUCGAAAAAACAAGAUGGCCUCUAGUGUUUUUGCUGAGCCUGAGGACCCCUAUGCUCAUCGAAGAAACAACCCACCUGGAGGUAAGCCUACAGGGGUCCUGUGUGGGGAGUCCUCGGCUCCGCUGCGGAGAGGAGGGAACCACACUGCCUCAGGCAACCACUCUGCAGAAGCAGAAGCACCUGCCACAGAGGUAGACAGUGGUACAGGUGGUGAUGCUGAGAACAGCGCAGAAGCUGAAGUUGUCCCUGAGCAAAAGGAGGAGCCCAACCCAGCCGACCCGGCUGCUGCAGGACUGAGUUCAGGCCGCAGGAAUCCCCCCGGUGGCAAGUCCAGCCUCAUUCUGGGUUAAAACCCAGUCAACUGUUCCCCCUUACCUCCAGUUCUUCUCGCAGAACCCAUCCAUUUUAUGUUUCUUUUUUUUUCCAUUUCAAGAAACCUUCCUUUAUCUGUACCCCAAGUGCAUUGUUUUGAUACCUUUUGACUUUUCAAAAAUGUAUUUUUAUUUUUGACAGAAGCACUUUAUGUAUCUUUAUUUAUAUGAUUGGAAGCCUGCCCUUGCAGGGUGUUAUGCCUGCAGGUGUGUGCAUGGGGUUUACGUUGUCUUGUACAUCAACUGCCCCCAAAUCUUCCUUAACAUUGUUAAAAUGGAAAAAGCUUUGAUUAACUAUGUGGCCAGUUUCUUUUUUUUAUGGGGGGUAAACAGAAAUGGAUAUAAAGACAGUUGUUGCCUUUGCUUUUUGCUUAAUUUUGGCCAACCUGCAUGCAUGUCUGGUCUGUAACGUAUGAAUGUUAGGAGGGGAAAAAAACUGGACUUUGUUAAUUUAAGAUGGUAACAGGACUCAAUGAUUUUUUUUUCAAUUGUUGAAUAGUUGAUGUGUUGUUUUUGCAUGAAGUUGGAACCUGUCUACUAAUUUCAGUAUUAACAUAGGGGGGAAAAAUCUGACUGUAAUCUGAAGGAUGCAAAGUUAAACUGUUGUCCUGUCCUCAGAAAAAUCAUUCCCGUAUCCAGAAAUUCAGAAUUAGAAUGAGCAUUUUUUUUUGUAUAGUAUCAAUUACCCGUAGAUUAUAGUGUCCCCAUUGCUAGUUUCAAUUGCCAUGUGUUUUUAUAGAUAAACUGUACUUAAUGAGUGUCUCUUUGUAUGGUAGGCUACAAAAUCAAACAGGGUUGGGUUUCCUAAAAGCAUUUUAGCAGAUCAUGGUCUUUCUUCUUUCAUUUUAAGUCAGUAGGACAUUGAUGGUCUUGGUCUUGAUAUCACAAUGUUUCUGGUAAACCCAGUCCAGAUUUGACAAGUGACCUUAUGGCAGCUCAGCCUAUAAAAUUGUCUUGUUUUUUUAUUUUUCCCUUAGACACUUUUGACAACUUUUAUGUAUAAUAUCUCCAGCUUGUUGGAGAUUUGUAACAGUUUUUCGGACAUUUGAUUUAUGGGUACCCAAGGUUUACAGACCACAGUUCAUUCUGACCCCCACCUCUCAUUCCCACUUCUGUCGUUGUGCGUCACAGAUCUGAUGCUCUGACAGCAAGCUGCCAUGUAAGAAAAUCAACAGGUCAACUUAUUGUAGUAAGCAGUACAUGAAAUUUAUUUACUGUGGUGUCAAGUACGUAACAUUUCUUUUGACGGGUACUGCAGGGUGCAAGACUUUUCAGUAUGCAUUCUACUCUUCUGAUUUGAUGCUGGAUGUAAGCUACUAUUGACAUUUGAAUCCAGAAAUUGGCAUAAAUGGAAUUAAAAGUCAUUUGACCGUGGACACUAUGAUUGUCGUUAUU